AUGUCGCAGCAAGCUUUGCUCCAGUCCUUUUUUACCCAGUCUUUCCAGCAAGGGACAGCCCCCCCGCAGAACAGGAACACUCCGGUCCCCAACCCAACCCCAUCCGGAGCUCAGGAACAGGAAUUCUCCUCGACCUUUGCAACAGAAUCCGACUACAACGACCCAUACCAACCAAGAAUUGACUACCUCUACCCGAGCAUUGUCCCCCAGGACACCCACACCCAGACGGACCUGAACUAUAUCACCUGGGCCAUCAGACAUGCUACCAGCCGGAUCUGCCCACCCUCCGACAGGAUUGAAAUCCUCGAAGAGCAAACAACUACACUCCGGAGAACAGUGGAUACACUGAGACACCAGAUCGAGGCGCAGACACAUAUGAUCACCAAUAUGCAUUCGGCGAUCCACGCCCUCCUCAGCAAACAACCGCAACCGCAGCAACCGCAGCAACCGCAACAACAGCAACAACAGCAACAACAGCAACAACAGCGAAAACCACAACAACCGCAAGGACAGAGAAUGCCCCCUCCAGCGGUCCCACAAACAGUUCCCCAAGCAGCGCCACAGGCAGCUCAUCGGGCCCCCCUACCCGCACCCCCCCAACAAGCCCCACUCCGGGGAUGGAAGGCAGGCACCUGGGCCGCCGUGGCCUCGGCACCCGGCCCUGCCCAAGGAAACUUCCAGGUUGUCGAGAGGAAAAAGAAGUCCGCAAAGCCAAAAGCGGACCCCCUCUUCAAACCAGAAUACACCAAAAUCAACAGGGAGAUCAUUGUUGAAACCACUGCCCCAUCCGAUGUCAACCCCUCUGAGAUCAGGACCCUAGUCAAUGCAAGGAUUCAGGACGAAUCCUGCCAUUUCAUUUCAGCAAGGAGAACACCCAAGGACAACUUCAUCCUGGAAACAAAGUUCGUCACCCCUGCAACAAAGGCAAUGGAAUAUGCCAAAGAAAUUGAGGAGGCCCUCCUCACCCUACAGGUACCGGUCACUGUCAUCCGCGCAAACUCUAAAUGGUCAAAGUUUCUCCUCCAUGGAAUUCCCACAACGGUCAGGGAGGGCAUCGAGGCGGGACAAUUGGUAGCAUCAGAAAUCAGAAGCAACUAUGGAGAGAACUUCCAACUUGCACAGAUUCCCCGCUGGAUCUCCAGAGCAGAGACUCGAAUGGAGAAAACCCACUCAUCAAUGGUCAUCGCGCUCCCAGGACAAAUUACAAUGGAAACACUAGGAGUUAAAUUCCUAUCUCUCUUCAACCGAAGCUGCCAUAUCGAGGCCUUCCUCCCAACCUUCCCGGAUACUCAGUGUGCAAAGUGCCUCGAGUACGGCCACCGCCAAGAGAAAUGUAAGAACAAUGGGAAAUGCGGCCACUGCGCCGGAGAUCAUCUUACCAGUUUUCACCCAUGCAAUCAAUGCCAGGGAGGAUAUAGAUGCACCCACACUCCAAUUAGAUGCCUGAACUGUAAAGGAGCUCAUAAGGCCUCCGACCCAGCAUGCCCCGAGAGAGCCAAACGCCGAUUCCUCAAUAAAGGGAAGGAAAAUGCCCCACCCGCUCAAGACCCACCGGCCGCACCCGUCCAGGAGCUGCUUCCAAUAGUUCAAGUACCAGCCACCACCCCAGUCGGAGCCACACCCAUUCCCGAAGAUGACCAACCCAUGACAAAUAAUGCUUAUGCCUCGAACCACCGCGCUCGCACACCAACUCAAUUGUGCACGGAGCGAACUCAUUACCAAGGCGGCGGUAGAAGAAGCGGAAACAGACUCUAG